AUGUCAACUGAAACUGGUAUUUCUUCCACAUCCAAACUGAUAAAUGAAAUUUCAAAAAAAUCAAAAAAGUCAAUAAGUCAGAAAUCCAUUAAUAAUAGUUCUUUAUUGAUAGAAUCCUCAUUAAAUUCAACUUCAAAUCUUACCUCUAAACGAAAACGAAAAUCAAUUAACAGUAAAAUUAAUGAUAAAAAUCCUCUUGAUUUUUUCUGGAAUAUAGUGGGUCGCGAUAAUUAUACAAUAUCUUUAAAUCAAUCUCCAGUUCUUUGUAAUAGUUUUUCAUCGAACACUCAAAAUUUUUUUGGCAGUUCAACUUUGUUUGCAAAUAAUUUCAAUUCAUUACCUUGGAGGCACGGAAGUUUAUCACGAAGAGUAGUUCCUACUAUGGUUCCUAACAAAGACGAUAGCACAAUUAGUUUGUUAACGAAAACCAUUAAAUCUGGUGCAUCUUUUUUAGGCCCUUCAAGUUAUAUUAGUACAAUUAAAGGAGGUUGGGAUAAUAUUAACAUGUCAGAUAUUCCUAUAACACCACCUCGGGAAGAAACACAUUUAUCAUUAGACCAAGAAACGUUACAACCAAUUGAACUUAUUGGAAGAUGUGAUGAUACUGAUCCAGUUUUAAAUGAAGAAAUAGCCGAUCAGAUUCGACAUAAACUUCCACGAAGAAUAAGACUUUCGACCAAAUGGAAUUUAUUAUAUAGUCUAGAUCAAGAUGGUACAAGCAUGAAUACUAUGUAUUACAAAGUUAAGGAUAAAGGACCUUUAAUAUUGACAAUAAAAGACAUGGAUGAUCAGGUCUUUGGAGCGUUCGUGACAGAACCGUUUAAACGGCGUCCGUCUUAUUACGGGACAGGGGAAUGGUCAUCUAUAUCAUCAUUACAACCCUUGGUAAAAUUUUAUCAUUGGACUGGAAGGAAUGAAUAUAUUAUAUUAAGCGAACAUGAUUAUUUGGCUAUUGGUGGAGGUGAAGGUAGAAUAGGAUUAUGGAUUGAUUCUGAUCUACAAAGUGGACAUUCUACAAGAUGCGAUACUUUUGACAAUGAUACUUUAUCAUCUACUCCAGAAUUUGAAUGUAUGGGUCUUGAAGUAUGGGGAUUAAUGAAUUAA